AUUAGUCUUCCUACCUCUACUUCGCCGUCCGGCAGCCAAAAUUUCUCAGAAAACCCGCGUCUUUAUCAUUGACCUCUACUCUUCAGCCUGCUAAAUAAACCCUAAUCUUCCUUCUUCCCCAAUUCUCCAUCGAUUCUUCUGCCGAUCCCCCAAAAUUCUUCUGAUAAGUGUAAUUCUACGGAUUGAAAAGGUUUGGGAAUUACAGGUUCAAGCAGUUCGAAAUGAAUAACCUCUUCUCGGGAUCCUGGGUUAAGGACCCGGGAUCUCCAGGAAGCAGCAUCCAGAUGACGAGCUCUAUUUCAGGCACCAUCGGAAGCGCCGCCGCCGCCGGCGGAGCCAACCUGAACAAAUUCUUCGAAGACGUGGAAUCAAUCAAGGAUGAACUCAAGGAAAUCGAGCGCUGCCACCGCAGCCUCCACGAAUCCAACGAGGCGCUGAAAACCCUCCACUCCACAGCCGCAGUCCGCGAUAUCCGCACCCGGAUGGAUUCCGAUGUUGCUCUAGCACUGAAGAAAGCGAAGUUGAUCAAGCUGCGGCUGGAAUCCUUAGACCGAUCGAACGCGGCGAAUCGGUCGGCGCCAGGGUGCGGGCCGGGGACUUCGACGGACCGGACGAGGACGUCGGUCGUGGCUGGGUUGCGGAAGAAGCUGAGGGAUCAGAUGGAGGCGUUCGGAGAACUGAGGCGGCGAGCGGCGGCAGAGCAUCGGGAGGCGGUGGGAAGAAGGUACUACGCGGUGACGGGGGAGGAAGCAGGGGGGAGAGGGGCGGUGGAGGCAGCGGUGGCGGAGAUGAAGGAAAGGAGAGGGGCCGCGGAGGAGUUGGAGAGGAGCUUGGUGGAGUUGCAUCAGGUGUUUUUAGAUAUGGCGGUGAUGGUGGAAGCGCAAGGGCAUCAGAUCGAUGAUAUCGAGAGUCAGGUGGGGAGGGCGAGGUCUUUCGUCGAUCGUGGAACGCAGCAGCUUCAAGAGGCGAAGCGGCAUCAAAGGAACACGCGGAAGUGGAUUUGUAUUGCGAUUAUUCUGCUGCUUAUUAUUGUGCUCGUCAUUGUUCUCCCGAUUGUGCUGAAGAAAUGAAGGCGGAUUGGGUUUAGGGCAUCAUCGGUCGCCGUCUCGGGAUGGAAGAAGGUUAUUGUUUCUUUCUCUUCAUUUUGAUUUUAAUUCCUCUUUAGUUUAAAGCUAUAGUUAUGGAUGGCGCUUAUGUAGAAAGAUAUUAGGUGAUGAGUCCUGAUGCAUUAGGAUUUUGUAAGGCGUUACGUGUUAAGUGACCCGAAAAAAAUGAAUUACAAUUAAGUCAUUUGACACGUAGCGCUUCACUAUUAGAGUUCUAAUGCAUUAGGACUUCUGACCUGAUAUUUUUUUUAUGUUGAUAGAGUGGUAUGAUACAUUUGGGAGGAGGAUGAUGAUGGUUCAUUUAUUUUUAAUUUGUUUUGUGUGAGAUGCAUUUUCUAUUGUUUAUUGGGAUUCAAAUUUAUUUAAAUUGGUGCUGUGAUUUUUUUUUUUUUUGGGGGACAUCUAAAUGGUGAUGUGAAGUU